CGAAGACCGCCGCGUCCUGCCGGGGACUCGCGGCCGCGGAUCCGCUGGUGCGCGAGCCGAGUACACCUCGUACCAUUAAUAGUGCCGGGACGGGAGACGAGGGAACCGCAGACCCGGGAUCGCGACUAUUAAUGCUACGAUCUGUACCAGGGUUCGCGAGUGACACCUGGACGCAGUGCUACUCCACCGGGAGGAAGUGUGUAUUUUCCGGCGUCUCUGUAGACGCAGAAAUAGAUGAGAGCAAGGUGAAAAGGAGGAGGGAAACGUAAAUGAAGCCGUGGGAGAAAAUGAGGAAAAGAGGCCGAUGCGGCCGAUCGAUUCCUGGCCGAUGACGGAUUUCUUCUUCCUCGCCUCUCGGGAGUCGCACCGUUGUCCCAGCCACUUCGUCCAAGUACACGGGGGGCCGGAUCGUGGUCGUGAUUCGGAUUCGCUGGGGCACGUGAACCGAGGCACACCUCGGAAAAUCACGGUGGCCAGUCGGGGGCUCGAGGGAUGGGCCGCGCCCGAGUCGCUUGUUGCUGACGGGGGCCCCGACUGGCAGAUACGGGCCUGAGGACGCCAGGCCGUUGCCAUGCAACCGCAGCAGCCGGGCCAGCAGGCCAAUGGCGUGGCCGGAGGCGCCCCCCUCCCGCAGGCCGCGGGGGGCGCAAGCCCCGCCCAGCCAGGGGCGACCGGCACCACCACGACCCCUGCGAAUCGGGCCCAAGUCAACGGCGGCAGGUUCGACUUCGACGACGGCGGCACCUACUGCGGGGGCUGGGAAGACGGCAAGGCCCACGGCCAUGGCGUCUGCACCGGGCCCAAGGGACAAGGGGCGUACUCGGGGAGCUGGCACUACGGCUUCGAGGUCUCCGGGGUCUACAUGUGGCCGAGCGGUUCGACUUACGAGGGACAAUGGCAGAAUGGGAAACGCCAUGGCCUCGGAGUGGAGAUGCGAGGUCGCUGGCUUUAUCGGGGAGAAUGGACUCAGGGCUUCAAGGGUCGAUACGGCGUCAGACAAUCGACUACCUCGACUGCGAGGUACGAGGGCACGUGGGCGAGUGGUCUCCAGGACGGCUACGGCUCCGAGACUUACGCCGACAGCGGGACCUAUCAAGGACAAUGGCUCCGAGGAAUGCGUCAUGGGUACGGAGUGCGUGCAAGCGCGCCCUUCGGCCUGGCCUCGCAUUACAAACCCCCGAAACAGGUGCGAGCGUCCAUGACGUCCCUCAGAAGUGCAGAUGGAGGUCCUGUAGCUGCACCGACCCCGGAACCGACCGACAGGAGGGAUCGAAGAGUGGACGACAGCAGAGGAGGAUUCGUCCUUAAAGCGAGGAGCGACGACCCUCCGGCUCGCAGGAAAAGUCUGACGGAGAAGUCCCUGAAAAAGGGAAUCCUCUCGGGCCUCAUGAGGAAGCAGAAGAGCACAGGCGACCUUGUAAAACAUGGAACUGGAGGAAGCAUCAGGAGCAACGCGAGUUCGACUUCGUGGAUGUCUACGGAGAGUUCCCAAAGUCAGGCAUCGGCUUCUGUGCACACCGACAGUAACGCGUCUUUUGUCAUCGAGGACGAGCAGAUGGACGCCUCGGUGACGGAAACGUACCUGGGGGAGUGGAAGAACGACAAGAGGACCGGCUUCGGGAUUUCGGAGAGAAGUGACGGGUUGAGAUACGAAGGCGAGUGGUUCAACAACCGGAAGUACGGAUACGGAGUGACGACUUUCCGGGACGGUAACAAAGAGGAGGGGAAGUACAAGAACAACGUGUUGAUAACCAGCCAGAAGAAGAAGCACCUGUUCCUGAUAAGAUCCGCGAAAUUUCGGGAAAGGAUAGAAGCCGCCGUUAACGCUGCACAAAGAGCCAGCAAGAUAGCGUUGCAGAAACAGGACAUCGCGAUUUCCAGGACGGCCACGGCGAGAGGGAAGGCGGAAUUGGCCGACAUCGCUGCGAUUCAUGCAAAAGAGGACUGCGAAAUCGCCCUGCAGACGGCCAAGCAGUUCGCCCCUGACUUCCAGCUGCCAGGGUUGGACAGGAUACCGCCAAGGUCGAUCCCGAAGUACGACCCCCCGCCCCAGGACACGAUGCCAGGGAAGAGCAUCCUGCACAAGAGCCAGGACCAGGCGAAGCCACCUGCUCAGAUGCCAGGUAACGAGACGUCGACGGCCGCCCCGACGACGACGACCACCACCACCAACGUGUCGCAGAUGUUGAGGAGACCUAGCAUGAAGCCCGUCCAGAACCAGCUGGGGCAACCGCCGAACCAGAACCAGCUGAAUAACCAAGGACCCGGGCCUUUACCCAACCAGAUGACCAACCAGGACCAGAACCUCGGGUCGACGACCCAGAACCAGCCGAAUUCCUACCCCCAGGGGAACCAGGGCCAGCUUGGAAACAGUUUGCCGAAUCCUUACCAACCUGGACAACCGUAUCCUGGGAACCAGUACAUCCCACCGAACGCCCCAUUUCCGCAGAACCUGCAAGGAUAUUCUAUGGGACCGAACCAGGUGGAACCGUUGCAGCAACCCUAUCCGCAGAACCUGCAAGGAUACCCUAAUCAGUCUCAUUACGCCAAUCAACAGAUCAUGUUCCCAAUAUCUCCGGUUAUGUACGGUCCAAUGACUCUGGCGCAAAUGAAUCAAUUCGGGCCCCAGCUUUAUGGUGGAACGGUUCCGACCCCUUAUGGUCCUGAUAUGAACCCCUACAACACUCAGCAACUCUAUGGUCAGCCACCGCAAACGAAUCAGACUGAAGAUAGUCAGAAACCUCCGAGUGCAACUAGUAUACGCAGAAAUAGCAGAGUAUUAAGUCAGCAAGACAGGCCAUCCGUUGGGAACAUUGGCCAGACCCUCAACGACAGGCUGGACCAUUAUAAAAGACCUCCGAGCAGGGACAGCUCGGUCGACCGAUACGCCAGGGCUCAUUCUCGAAUCAUGGGAUCGAGACAACCGUCCGUUGACAAGACGAUGUCACCUCCUCCACCGGAGCCUACCGACAGAUCAGCGAGAGGUCCUAGCGCCAUGAGAGCGGCGACCCCCUUGAAUGGAUCCGCGGUAGGCAGUGGGGCAGCUACCCCCACGUAUCCACCUCCUAGUGGGGCCCAGUUCGAGGGCGCACUCCUGAAGAACCGCGGCCUCGGCCAGGACAUCCUGCCCAGUCCUGGACAGCCGAAACGAACCGAAAGCCUUUACGUAACGCCCGCUCGCGGUCCUGCCCCUUCCGGCGGCACCGGCGGCGGGGGAGUCAAGGAUGUGAUCCGGACGGUCCCCGCCUUCGCCGCAACAGCCAAAGGCCGCGCAACUCUCUGA